GUGGACGUGAACAUGGUUUGCUUUGAUUCAUCGCUCCCUGUCAUCGUGGCAGUCCUGCUGAUGUCAAUGACAAUGACCAUUCAAGCGACGGCAGAUAUUAAGUGCCCUGAGAUGAAGUUUCUCAAUGACAAGAAUGAUGUCAUUCAUACAAAAGUAGAGACCAACAUCACAUUCUCAGUUCGCUUUGAUAACUGUUCAACUGAUGACAUACUCAUAGUAAAAAUUUCAGAGAAAAUGACGGAAAAGUGUAAAAUUGUUUAUAACAGAAGUGUAUGUCUUGUAUCUGAAUUGUCAUCAUCCUGUAGCUGCACGCCUGUGACCGGCCUAACCACGUUUGUCGCGAGACGUAACGAGACUGGAAACAUUACUUACACCUGGAGCUGGCGGCUCCAUGGGUCGGAGGAAUAUUUCAGGAAUAUUACUGUCGUCUUCUCUGACUACGAUACUACAGACCACUCCUCCAGUGACUAUGUUUUUAUUAUAAUAAUAGUCGGCAGCACAGGAGGAAGUUUAACGGUUAUUAUUGUGGUCACCAUAAUUCUAGUCAUCUGUCGAAAAAGAGUCAAGGAGACUUUCACAUUACCAAUCCCAUUUCCUGACUGGUCAGAUGACUGCAGAGCUCAUGAUCAAGAUCGGAAAGAGCAACUUGAAAGACGAUAUCAGGAAAUCAUCAACGAUGCCCCUGGUCAUCCAAGUUUUGAAAUGAGCCUGUACACUAACUUUUCAUCCUCACCAGAGGAGGGUCGUGACCCCGAAUCAACACACUCGAUGUCACAAGACAGACCUGACCUCGUGAGACAGUCCUCGGGGUCACUUUAUGGACAGGUGUACGAUGUUUUUCUCGGAGAAACUGCUACAGAUGGAGCCGCGUAUUAGCCCCUGUACACAGACAACAGUUGAGAUCAUCCCCCAAAUUCGCUCUGGAGCUUUGGUGACUCUCAUCAUUAGCCUCGUUAUACACAAACUGGUUUCUUCCUCUUCUGUAGCGACUGGAGCUCUUGCCACAUGAAAUACUUCUGAGUGGACAUCAUCUACACCAUGACAUUUUCCCUGGAAGUUUUUAUUUGAGUGGAGGGUUAUGUUAUGCUUUUGGGAAUUCUUUUCCCAAUGAGUCGAACCAUCCUGAGGGCUAUCAUGUGUUUUGUGUUUAUGAAUUGUAUGUAAAUUUCUCAAUGUAAAAAUUUGCUGUACCAUAUCCUGUCUUUUAAGUCUUUUCUCUCAGAUUCAAGCAAAUGUUUAGUUUACCUGUAAUAUUGUUUAUACGGUGUAAAGAUGUUUUCUGAAAGGUGAUUGUAGUAUUUAAAAUUCUUUUCAUACUGAGUCAUAUAAACCUCAAACAUUUAUUAGGUUCUAACAGUUAAUAAAUAUUUUA